AUGGGUCUUUUAAUGACCCGCAAGAGAGCGUACAAUUGGUACAUCUCUUGUGUUGCCGCAUCAUGCAUGGUGCUCUACGGUUACGAUGCAUCUGUGUUCAACUCCGUCCAGGGCUCCAAGAACUGGCUAGCUUGGAUGAACAACCCCAAUGCAGCCACAAUCGGCUCAAUUAAUACAGCAUACACAGUCGGCGCUAUUUUUGGUGGUUUCUUCCUGGGAGGACCAUGUGCAGAUUUCCUAGGUCGCAAGCUUGGAAUGGGCAUUGGUUGUAUUUUGGUUAUUGUCGCCACCUUUAUGCAAACCUUCGCUCCUCACCACAAUCUUGCUUGCUUCCUUGCAGGUAGAUGUAUCAUCGGUAUUGGUCAGGGUAUUGCAUUGACUGCUGGCCCUAUCUACAUUGGUGAACUGGCUCCGCCAGAGAUCCGUGGUAAGAUCAUGACUUUCUGGCAGAUGUUCUACUCUGUUGGAUCAUUCAUCUGCUUCUGGAUCAAUUUUGCUUGCACUAAGAAUGUUGCUAAGCUGGGCGAGUGGGACUGGAAGUUGGUUGUCAUUUUUCAGCUUUUGGUUCCUGCUUUGAUCCUUUUCCUCUUGCCGACUAUCCCCGGCAGCCCUCGUUGGUACAUCCAGAGAGGCAACAAAAUUGAGAAGGCUCGCGAAGCUCUGCAAAGAGUUCGUGAUACUGAGGAAGAAGUCGAACAAGAGCUGUUGGAGAUUCGUGAGGCCAUCGAAUACGAGAGGGAAGCCAUUUCCAGCAAUUACUCUGCUCUCUGGAAGGACAAGUCUCUGCGCAAGCGCAUGGCUCUGGCUCUGGUCCUCAAUGCCGGCCAACAGAUCACCGGACAAGGCUCGCUCAACUCGUACUCUACGAAGAUCUACCAGAAGGUGUUUACCAGCGACAGUAAGAUUGCUCUUAUCAACGCACUGAAUGCCACCUUUGGAAUUUUCUUUACCCUGAAUGCUGUCUGGAUUAUCGAUCGUUUUGGAAGAAAGUUCCUUCUGAUUGUCGGUGGUAUCGGCAUGGGUCUCUGCAUGAUCAUUGUCUCUGCCGUCGAAACAGAAACACCACAACUCGCCAACGGAGCCAAGUCAGAACCAGUUGGUAUAUCAAUUGUGUUCCUUAUACAAACCAUCUUGGGGGCAACAGUAUGGAUCUGGACGUCCGAAAUUUUCUCAAUGAACGUCCGCGCCCAGGCCGUGGGCAUGGCAUCGCAGACGCAGAAUGUCGCCAACGCCAUCGUGCAGCAAUUCUUCCCUAUUUUCCUCGACAAUGAGGGCUUCUAUGCCUUCUAUAUGUUUGCUGGUAUCAACUUCCUACUUGCACUCUUUGUUUGGUUCCUCAUUCCGGAGACCAAGCAGGUUCCCCUUGAGGAGAUUGAUACUCUGUUUGGUGGUGCCAACCACGUUGCUCAGGGAGAGGAGGUGCUGGCACAUCAGAAGGGAGUUCGGAUGAGCCACGAAGGAAGCGAAAAACCUGAGGCUGUUACUGUGGAGCAUGUUCGGAGCUAG